GGGGGGGGGACCGUGGCAUAAAGUACGAACUUCACGUAGAAUAGGACCGUGGACGGGGAUUGCCUGGUCUGAUGAGGCUUUGGGUUGGGCUUAAGCUUGGGCUUGGGCUUGGGCAUGAGCUUUGGGGUUUGGGUUUUAGGUUUUGGGGAUUGGGUGCGAGACUCGGUGAUGACUCGUGAGGGAGAAGACCCUGAUGGCGGACGCGUGUGCAGAUUUGCAGACGGUGCAGGGCCGAAUGUGUGCGCGGGCCAUGCGGUGCUGGAGAAGAUGCUCGAUGCUCACACCGCGCCGAUAAGAUUGCGGCUCCGAGGUGUGUGCUUCGCCCUUUGGUGCUGCCGAUUCCACUUGCACUUCUGCCCACCUGCACGCACCAGUCACGUCUCUAGGAAUACUCACAGCAUCGCUACGAGAGAAUUGAUGUAUGUAUGUAUGCAUGUAUGUAUGUAUGUAGUAUGUAUGCAUGUAUGUAUGUAUGUAGUAUGUAUGCAUUUAUGUAUGUAUGUAGUAUGCAUGCAUGUAUGUAUGUAUGUAUGUAUGCAUGUAUGUAUGCAUGUAUAUAUAUCCAGCCUCGGAAUCUCACAGGUGCAGCUAAGAUCGCACAACGGGCAGCGGGCCGCUGCAUGCAUGCAUGUGCAUGCCGAUCAGUUGUGCGAUCAGAGACGGGCGUGGGUGACAUGUCUUUGUCCCUUUGGGCGUAGGGUACCGGACUUCACGUUUGACAGGCUUUGAGCCUGUCCAGUCAGCUCUGGCACAUUGGGGGCGAGCAUGCCGAGUGCUGUGCUACCUACGCGGGGCGCUGAGCAUUAUUAUCGGUGUCUGCGUGGGUGAGGGGCUGUUGCGGGGGGGGUCUUGCACGAGCGGGUGCUGGUGCGCCUCACAGUAUCUAUGCAGUCAAUGGAAAUCUUGGUAUGCUCGCUGCUGCAUCCGCGACAUGUUGCUCAGUAGCCAAGUCCAAUUCCCCAAGCCCCGGCGGAGGGUAUCGGCAGAGCACGUGGAUGACAGCAAACGUCAGUCGUUCGAUUGGGCGAAGUCGAGCGAGGUGUGGCGGAAACAGACCAAAGGCCGCGGGCCAGGGUGUGAAAUGCAACCUUAUCGAUAGG